AUGACCCAGCAGCAGGCUGCAGCAAGCGUGGUGCAGAAGCUCAGAACGGAGCAUCAGGAGGAUUGUGCUGAGCAGGCUUGCAUGCAACAAGGAUGGGAAUUCACCAAAUCGCACCACUUACCAGCAGCGAAUAAUAAUUUUGGCCCCGAGAGCCUCAUAUCUCGACUUCAGCUCAACACUUGGCACCUAUCGUUCGCGUCUUCCCGCACACCCUUCUUACAUGCGGCUACAAUUAGCAAUGGAGUCAACCUCAGAAUCUUGCCUCUAGGCGAUUCAAUUACCUACGGCGUCGGAAGUUCCGAUGGAAAUGGAUAUCGUCUUGCUCUCCAGAAUAUGCUGUCAGGAAACAAUGUUCAAUACGUUGGGUCCCAGCACUCGGGGUCGAUGGCGAACAAUUCAAAUGAAGGACACAGCGGAGCUGUGAUCAGCCAGAUUGCCCAAUUCGCAUAUCUCAGCUUGAAACAGUUGCCGAAUGUAAUAUUACUUAUGGCUGGAACAAAUGAUAUGAAAAUACCCACAGAUCCAAAUACGGCAUCUGAUCGCCUCGGUAGCCUGAUCGAUGAGCUUGUAAUCGCGGUUCCCGAUGCAGUCGUACUUGUUGCUCGAUUAAUCCCUUCAGCGACUAAGAGCACGGAAACAAAUAUUGAAAAUUUCAAUGCUGCUGUUGAAGGGAUUGUCACAGUGAGGGCGAAUGCCAAAAAGAAAGUGCUUCUUGUCGACAUGUCCAAGGCUGUCAGGACCGGUGACCUCGCAGAUGGGCUACAUCCGAACGAUGAAGGCUAUAUCAAGAUGGCUACCGCAUGGUACGAUGCCAUUCAACAAGCUUCUUUGAAUGACUGGAUCUCUCCACCUCGAGCUGUCAGCACAAUAUCGAGUCGUACCACUUGCCCCGGACCUGUGCAAUGGAUCUCGAGGGGACUUGUAGCAGGAGGAGUGGGAGGUGGAGGUGCGUUAGAGCUCCUCUUUGCUGAUAUCAACGGUGAUGGGAAAUCCGAUUACCUGGUAUUAGAUGCCAAGGGGGAGACAAAAGCAUGGUUCAAUGGAGGCCUGGACACUGACGGAAGUUCCAUAAAAUGGAAUUCUGUCGGAGAGAUAGCGAGUGGCGUCGGUAAAGACCGCUCUACUAUUCGUUUCGCGGACCUCAAUGGUGACGGCCUAGAUGACUACCUCACUGUCGAUCCCACGACGGGAGCGGUCGCCAUGUGGCAGAACGGCGGCGGCUUUGACUCAGCGGGUGUCUAUAAGUGGACAUCGAUGGGUAUCAUUGCAUCUGGAGUCGGAAUGGGCGCUGGUGUCUUCUUCGCAGACAUGGAUGGUGAUGGAAAAGACGACUAUGUUUGGCUUGAUGCCAAUGGGGCGGCAUAUCUCUGGUUGAAUGGCGGCAUGGGCAAGGAUGGAAAAUGGAUAUGGACUUCAAAGGGCAAGAUUGCCACGGGAGUUGGUGCUGUUAGGGAGGAUAUUCGGCUGGCUGAUAUUGAUGGCGAUAGGAAGGCGGACUAUCUCUGGGUAGAUAAAACGACCGGGGCAACGAAGAUGUGGAGGAAUGGCGGGGUGGGGAGUGAUGGAAAUUGGAUCUGGACGCCCCAGGGAGAGAUUGCUACCGGUGUUGGGGUGGUUGGGUCUCUUGUGAGGUUUGCGGAUUUAGAGGGUACAGGCAGGGCAGAUUAUUUGACCAUUGUUCCGAACUCGUUGGGAGUGAGGCAGUGGUUGAAUGGCUGUGGGACCGGAUCUGGAGUCGUCACCGUGACGUACGUAAGCGUCACGGUCAGUAUCAGCACAGCAGCGGGUACUGCCAACAGCAUGACCAGCGAUCCGACCGCAACUAUCACUCGCAACAACAUAAGCAUCAACCCUACGGCGACUCUAGCGGAGAACAACAUGGCUGCUGCCCAGGGCAUUGACUCGGGGACUUCGACCACUUCUGCAGCAAGCACUGCGUCUGGAACGGCAAAGAGUGGUGCGGAAGGUCUUCGAGGAAUUCGAGUUGAGGAUAUAGUGUUGUUGGUUUUGAUGGUGGCAGUUGCGACGUAG